GUGCGCAGCUCGCUGUUUCCGUGCGGUGGGGUUUAGGAGCUGGUUUCCGGUUUCCUGCAUGCGUGCUGCACAGGGAGGCAUGUUACAUGUUAUCCUGGGGCUGAGCUGGCUGGACACAUGACAUACUUUAAUCAACUGGUGAUUCACUGAUGAAGGCUCAAAGAUGGCGAAGGUCCAAUUAAAGAAGGACAAAUCAUCUGUAAGUGUCACAAAUACUACUAAAGGGACCAAAAAACAGAAAAAGAAGAGAUUCUGGCCGAAUAAACCAAGUAAGGCGACAAAAGGCAGUGACAUAAAGAAGGGCAAUGAUGAGAAGAAGACAUCGUUGUUGUUACCCCCCAAAACACCUCAAGAGUUCUCAGUGAACUGGAAAGCAUUAGAAGCGUUAAUGAAACCUGAGAUAAGCAGUUCAGUGGAUGAGGCAACUCCAGAAAAGUUACAGAAGAAAGAUCCGAAACUUUCAGACAAAAAAGACGUGCAGCCUGUAAAGGUAAAAACGUCUCCGAAAGUAAAUGGACACUUAAAAGGGUCUCCGUCUGUGGCCAAAGAGGACAAGAAAAGCCCAAAAGAACAUCCUAGCAGUUCUGGAGACGUCAAGCAAGAUGUGAAAAAGAAGAAAAAACGAAAGCUAAAACCAGAGGAGGAGGAAAAAAAUACUACGCGGAAAAAGCAGAAAUUGCAUGAAAAAAAUAAAUCUGAAGAAGCAAACAAAGUGGAAUCAACAAAAUAUGACAUCUGGUUUGAUGAUGUGGAUCCAAAUGACAUUGAGGCAGCUCUUGGACCCGAAGCUGGAGAGAUUGCCCGUAAGAUGCAAGGCUUACCUGAGAAAACACGUGAUCCUGUAGAUGUGGUUUUGGUGAAGGAGCGGGCCUUCGAGGGGCUGACCCGCACCGUUGCUAUGGAUUGCGAGAUGGUAGGUGUGGGCCCAGAAGGAGAAGAAAGUAUAUUGGCACGAGUGUCUAUCGUGAAUCAGUUUGGGAAGUGUGUGUACGAUAAAUAUGUUAAACCAACAGAAUUCGUCACAGAUUACAGAACCGCAGUGAGCGGCAUCCGACCCAAGGACAUUAAGAAUGGUGAAGAUUUUAAAGUUGUUCAGCAAGAGGUUUCCGAGCUCCUCCAAGGGCGUAUUUUAGUGGGACAUGCCGUGCACAAUGAUCUGAAGAUACUCUUCUUAGACCAUCCUAAAAAGGCUAUCCGAGACACUCAAAGAUACAAACCUUUCAAAAAGAGAGUGCAGAGUGGACGUCCUUCUCUUAAAUUGCUGUGCGAAAAAAUACUGAGUGUGAAGGUACAGACCAAGGAACAUUGCUCGAUUCAGGAUGCACAGGCAGCCAUGCGGUUAUACACAUUGGAGAAAAAACAUUGGGAAGCAGAGAUUAAAGCAAAACAUUCCCGUGCAAAGCCUGAAGUGCAGAAACACCAGGCGGCACCGGCAAAGUGACCAUCAGCGCUCGUCUUCUAAAAAUGGUUUUAUGAUUGACGAAGAGUAAUCUUUCAUUCAAGCACCGACGUGCCUUAUUGUUAAAGGUCUUUCUUUAUUAUUUCACAUUGGACAGUACUGGACUGCCAUGUUUUAUAUAUGAGAAUUCCAUAAAACCCAAAAGCUGAUGGUUUUUUUUGAGGACUGACAGACAUUUCACUUUCAAAGGCUAUUGGAAUUGCCAACACAUUGAGAACAAAAAAAAAAGCAAAAUAAAAAAAAUUGUAUUGAAAAUCUUGUGACACAAAAUGCUCCGUUAUAAUUUGUAUUUAAUAAGUGGUAAAAGAAAACACAGAAUGUCUGCUUUAGAAAAAUGAAAGUAUGGUUUCUGAGUAAAUUUUCUGUUUGAGGCUAGAUUGUAAAAUGUAAUACGUUUACCUGCACAAUUUCCAUGGCGGACAGACGCUUAAAUAGGAUAUUGUGCUGAGUUGUUUAUUCUGCUAUAGUAAUUACUAUCAACGUUCAGGAAUGUCAGAUGACAUUUAAACAGUCGGUCCCUUAACUGCUCCCAUAUUCCCAGUGUGAGAUGGUUUUAUCUGAUCUUCCAUAAGGCCAUAGACUGGCCUUACCCUUGGAAGGAUUUAGAGAAGAUUUUUUUUAUGUAGGAAUGGCCUUGAAACCAGCAUGUAAAAGUAACUUUUUGGGGGGAGUUUUAAAUGUCUCAUGUUUCUUAUAUAUUUUGAUUAAUAAAACAGCCUGGUAUCUCAGCUGCCUUCAGUAAUGUGUAGAAUUAUGUCAAAUCCUAUGAAAAGGCAACAAUUACCGGUGUUUAACGGCAUGUCAGGCAUGUCGCUCCUCAAGUGCUGUGAGCGAUCGCAGUUAUGUUACAUAUUAAAUAUGUGUCUGCAAUUUUCAAUUUCUGUUGAAUAUGCUUCAUCUGCCCAAUAUAAACAUGAUUUAAAAAAAAGGCUAACUCUGGGGUUUUGUAU